UGAUCCUUUACGUCAACUGAAAAUUAAUAACAUAAGUUUAAUAUGUUAUAUGUAUAUUCUAUUGAUUAUCAUAUACCCGAACCUGUGCCCAACAUUUUAUCAUAUAUUGUGGGCAUUAGAGAUUCGACUAUUGGGAUUAAAACCAAAAAAGUUUCGAGAAUGGACCGAGUCGCAGCCAAUUCCAGGCAAAAUAAAAAACAGAAGCAAGACUAAAAAAGCACUGAUGUCAGUAGAAAGAGAUAAGGCAGCAGCGGCCGCUAUUGAAGCUGAGAAAAACAAGAAUCGACUGAUAAAAGAAAUGCACGAGGAGAUUCGAUUAGAAAAAAUUAAUUCUGAAAAACAAGCUUUACUCGAAGAACAACAGGCUGCUAUGCGUAAAAUGCAAUUGGAGAACACGUGGUAUACGGUAUACGACAAUGACAGAGCGUUUAUGGAUUAUUCCAUUGCGAAUAAUGAACAUGAUGAGUGGCUGCAGUUUAUGAGCUGCGAUGGUUUACCAGAUCCUGGAGUAUUAUCAGAUAUGAACACAUACAUGUUUUUAUGGUCUCUGGAAGACGAGGAUGUGGAUAUGGAUUUGCUUGCUGAAAAAUAUGAAGUUGUAAAUGAUCUGCUAAUGAAGUUAGACAAUGUAAUAAACUUUUCUACCAUGAAAGAACCAAGUUAUCUGAACGAAUGUAAAUUAAUCAGGCAAGAAUUCCGAAAUAAGUUACAAUUUUGGCUGGACAAUGCCACUUAUCGUUUAUUACGUCAGAUUGAAAGAGACAUGGUUAGAGAAGAUUUAAAAAAUUCUCGAUAUUUUAAGGAAGCCAAAGAAAUGAUUUGUUGUGUAUGGGCUUUGAUAAGACUUCCAAUUAGCAUCAAACAGGUGUCAGAUAGGGACAAAAAACCUGUUGAAGUGACGUUCAAUGAAAUCGAUUUGACGAUAAAAAUGCCAAUGGAUAUGGAUUGCUACUGUAUGGCAAUACGUGGAAUGUGGGCUAAGUAUGAUUAUUUUUCGGAUCAAUCAGCUUCAUUUGAAAUGCCAGAAUUACCUGAUGAAUAUCAGAUGAACAUGGAUUUAUUGACGUAUUGUGAAAACGAGUACGAGACAAAAUUAAGAAUACGCGAGGAGCAAGUGGAGGGUCGACAGAUGAGAUUGGAGGAGAAAAAAAUGCUUUUGGAAAGAAUGACAAACCCACCGCCAGUGUUACCAAAUAAACUUGAGAAAAAAGCAAAACAAUCAAAAAAAACGUCGGUUCAGUAUGGUCGUGUAAAGAAACCGGAACCUGAACCAGAACCGGAACCGCUUCCAUACUUACCAACGCCGGAUGAAGUUAUAUUACUUAAGGAAGAGGAAAUGCGGAAGGAAGUGAGAAGAUUAUUAUUUACCCGUUGCGAGAAAACCGAAGUGAAUUUACGAAAGUACUCGAUAUUGGGCGGAGUAUUUUACAUUGACUUGGUUUACCAACCCCCUCAACCAAAGGAUAUGAGGAGGGAAAUUUUUCUGACCACCCUGCAAAUUCCAAAGGAGCUGAAAUAUGUACCGUUCUCUAAGCCGUACAAGGCACCACCUCCUGCUAAAGAUUCCGAAAGGUCACCGGAAGUCAUCGAGGAGGAAAUGAAAGCUCUGGAAGCUGCAAUGGAAGCCCUCGCUUUAGUGACUCUCAAGUUACCUGAGUCUGUUCUUUGGUUUGAGCCACCAUUGGUGGCUCACUGGAUAUCGGAAAAGAAAAUUUGGUCUACGCAGGACGUUCAUGAUAUCAAAUACAAUGAGGAGAAGCAAAUCAUAAAUUUCAGAACCGGAAGGCUUGGUGUUCACGGCCUUGCAGGAUUCCGAUUUAUCAAUUUGCCUUUUCAAAGUUGGGAACUUAAGCCUGAAAUGGGAAAAGGAAAUGGUGGUGGUGUUAUCUUGAGUAUAACAGCCGCCAUUGUUCAAGCUGAAUUUAUAGUCAGAGAAGAUCUGGUCUGUUUGCAUUCUUUGAUUGGUGGCACGACAACUGCUUUACAGAAUAUAGUGGGUGAAUAUAUGAAGUUGCAUUUUCUUAUACGGAAAAUGCGUGAAGGUGGAUGUGAUCUCUUUCCUGAACGGGACGCAUACAGUUAUGUGAAAGGACUUCCGGUAAAGCAUCCUGUAGCCGAAAAACAUUUGCAAACUUGCAUGGGCCUCUUGUGCACGGCUUUUAAUUUUUCUUGGUCUCGUUGGAAUGCAACGUGCAGUCCGAGACAGAUUGUUAUGCAGUUCAAAGAAUUGCAUGGAUGCAUUGCAAAACAGCGAUCGAAUAUGAUGUUGUUGGUGACACCACUUCAGGCAAUGGUGGUCAACUGCACGGAAGUCAGUCAAGAAUUUUCUGAUCAGCCAAUGGAAGGUGAUAAAGCAAAGUUUUACGCGGAUAUUUAUCACAUGGCGUUGCAUAAUGUUGGAAUCAAGAGUCGCAUUUUGAUACAGAGUGUUUCUUUUAAACUCGCUACGACGGUGUCAAAAUUGUUACAGUGUACUAAUGUAAUUAGUAUGUCUUCGUGACACUUAAUUGUUGUGUUUAGUUACCUUUUCGUUCAUGUGCAAUAUUUCGAUGAAAUUUGCUGUAUUAAUGACAGCGAUGCAAAAUAAGAAAAUAAUAGUAUUAAUUAUAAAUAUGGUUAACGCAUAACUUAUUAGUUGAUAAAUUACAAUUAAUAUAGCAAUUAUGAUGGGUGGUAGUAUCAUACAUGACUGUUCUGUUAUGAACCAUGAUUUUUCUACAUUAAAAUAAUAUUAUUUUCAUUUCGACUCUAAAUUUUUUAAGAAGUUGUCAAUGGUUAUGCACUAUUAUAGUAUUGUAAUGUAGAAUUUUUUAAAUGAGAAAUAUAUGUUUUUGUUGCAA